AUGAAUGUGGUGGAUGACAAGAAGCAUGAGAAAAUGAGGUGGUCUCGGACAAGGGUGGAUGUGGAAAACCAUGUCAUCACACCGGAUUUGGACCCGGANGUGGUGGAUGACAAGAAGCAUGAGAAAAUGAGGUGGUCUCGGACAAGGGUGGAUGUGGAAAACCAUGUCAUCACACCGGAUUUGGACCCGGAUAUGGAGUUACCGGAUCAAUUUGUUGAAGACUACAUGUCGGAUCUCACUAGGACCUCCAUGAAAAUCAGCAACAAACCACUAUGGGAGUUCCACAUUCUAAAUGUGAAAACAUCCGAGGCAAAUGCUCUCGCAAUUCUUCGGAUCCACCACUCACUCGGUGACGGCGCAUCGCUAAUCUCUAUUCUGCUCGCUUGUUCUCGGAAAACCUCAGAUCCCGAGGCACUGCCAAGUAUUCCGGCGAAGAAACGAGGCAGCAGUUCGAGCCAUUCAGGUGGUUUGUGGUGGUUCUGGUUCACUGUAGGGACUACAUUGGUGAUGAUUUUCAGUACUUUUAUGGACUUGAUGGUGUUUGUAGCAACAACAUUGUUCCUCAAGGACAAGGAGACUCCUAUUAAAGGUGCAGCUGGGGUUGAGCCGAGGCCUUAG